UCUAUUUUGCCAAUCCCAAAAUGAAGUUGUCCAAGACUUGGCAUGAGAAAGCUCUUCCUUUCAUUCAUCAUUCAACUAUUACACAACGUAAACUUUUUAUUCGUUCUCGAAAUAUGAGAUAUAUAAAUAGUACGUUAGACAAUAGGAGUUGUAAUCUUCCCAAGUCUGCUUAUAUUCAUAUUCCUUUUUGUGUUCGCAAGUGUUUCUAUUGUGACUUUGCAGUUAUUGCAGGAAAGACCGUGAAUUGGUAUGAUACAUAUAUUUCUCAUCUUUUAAGAGAAAUAGAAAGUACGUUGGAUUAUUUCAAACGGAAAUAUCAAAAGCUACCAGACUUGGAAACUAUUUACUUUGGGGGAGGUACACCUUCUCUUUUACCUUCCGUUUAUCUUUCACAGAUAUUACAUUCGCUGCAAAAAUAUGUCAACUUUGCUUGUAACGUUGAACUAACUGUUGAAAUGGAUCCUGGUACCUUUGACUUAUCUAAAGCAAGAGACUUCUCGGCUUUGGGUGUCAACCGAGUAAGUGUUGGAGUACAAUCUUUCGAUGAUUCUCUAUUGAAGUUAUGUGGUCGUUCACACGAUUCAAAAGAAAUAUACAAAGCUUGGGAUAUCUUAAGAAUGGCAGGUUUCACCAACGUGAGUCUCGAUUUGUUGAGUGGACUACCAACUCAGAGUGGAGAAGUGUUCAAGGACUCGAUUCAAAAAGCAAUCUCUUUGGAUCCGGAACAUUUGUCUUGUUAUGAUUUGAUUGUAGAACAAAAAACUCCUUUUGGGAAAAAGUAUCAAAAUGGUAUAUAUCCUUUACCAUCAGAAGAUGAUGCGGCUGCUAUGUAUAUAUUUGCUUCAUGCAGACUAAGAGAACAAGGCUAUGAACAUUAUGAAGUAUCCAACUAUGGAAAACCCAACUAUCUUUCGAGACACAAUCAAGUUUACUGGAGAAAUCAAAGUUAUUAUGGUUUUGGUAUGAGUGCAACAAGUUAUACAGAGUUGAAAAGAUUUUCUCGACCUCGAAAGUUACUUUCUUAUUUUGAUUGGGUAAAGCAACUAGAAAUGAUACAAAAUGGUGAAGUGGAAUGUCGGGAGGAGUCCUUACAAGAUCAAGCAGUGGAUACUUUGAUACUUGGCUUAAGAAUGAAACAAGGUAUUUCAAUGGAUGAGUUUGAAAAGCAAUAUGGACAACAACUCUCUUGGCAAAUCAAGGAAGCUGCUCAACCUUGGAUAGAAAGUGGUCAUGUAGUAAGCACAUACGACUGCAAUGGACAACUACAAAACUUAGCUUUGCAAGAUCCGGAAGGAUUUCUGCUACAAAAUAGUAUCUUAAUUUCAUUGUUAGAAAAGUCUUUGUGGAAUAAGUCAUCAUCCAAAUAUCACAAGACUCCAUCCUAAAGAUAUUUUUGCAAAACUCAA